CGCUCCCGCCGCCCGCCGCCGCGUCCCCUCCCCGGCCCGCGGGCGGCGGCGGCUCUCCCAUGCCGCCCGUCUCGCCCCUUGCUCUGAAUCUCUGCCCGUCGGCCGAUUUGGGGAAAAACGGGAAGGGGGUACGUCCCCUCGCACUUUUUUUUUCACCCAUUUCUUUUUUUCCACCCUUUUUGGCCUUCUCUCCAUUUCGUCCCCCUUCUCCCCAGCCCGUUUCUCCUCCAUCGGGGCUCUUCGGCGGCCAUGCGGCCGGUCCCGGGCGAGCGGCUCUAACUCGCCUCCUCGCCCGAAUGGCCCCCCGGAGCCGCGGGCGGAUGGAGCCGAGCUACGUCGUGGGUAUCUGCUGCCUGGUGCUGCUGGAGCCGGGCCGGGUGUGGAGCAGCGAGCCCAGCACCGGGGGACCCGGGGAGAGCAGGAACAGCAGCCAGGCACCGCCGCCGGAGACCACGGUCCCCGCGCCCACCGGAGAGGCACCAGCGGGGGGGGACCGCUGCCGCGGGUACUACGACGUGAUGGGGCAGUGGGACCCGCCGUUCAACUGCAACGCCGGCAUCUACCAGUACUGCUGCGGGACCUGCGGGUACCGCUUCUGCUGCCAGUUCAAGCCUGGGCGGCUGGACCAGAGUGGCUGCUCCAACUACGACACCCCCAACUGGGUCAACACGGGCCAGCCGCCUGCCCGGGUGGACGAGACCCCCGAGGACCCCACUCGUGACAAGACCAACAUGAUCGUCUACAUCAUCUGCGGCGUGGUGGCCAUCAUGGUGCUGGUGGGCAUCUUCACCAAGCUGGGCCUGGAGAAGGCACAGGGUCCCCAGACAGAGAUGACCGUCUCCAGGACACUGACAGAUCUGCUGAAGCAACCAGGCCACAGCCCCUCUGAGAACAUGGACAGUCUCAUGGGGGGUGUGCAGGUCCCGCUGGGCGAGGGGCUGGCCCGGGGGCCCCCCAGAAACAGCACAGACAAGCCACCCUUGAACAACAUGGUGGCCAUUGCCCCUUCACUGGGGCGGCCCCACAGCCACGGCAAGCGUCUGCCGCUGGCCAGCAGCCUGGCCCUGUCAGCCCCAGACUACACUUCCUACACCACGCUCAAGGUUGGAGAGAGCGCCACUGAGGACUUCUACAGGCGGUUCGGGGGGCUGGAGCCACCCCCCGCCAGCACACUGCCCUUCCCACCCGAGGCCCCGGUGCCGGCCGAGGGCUGCCCUCUGCCCAAGGCCAAGGGCCCCAAGGUGCCCGGGGGUCUGGCCUUCCCAGGGGGCUGGGAGGGGGGCCCCCAUCGCGGCCCCCGCCGGCCGGGCCUGGCCACCCUGCGCCCUGAGGGGCCACCCGAGGCCUUCGGCCCCCCCACCUCGCUGUACGGGCAGCACCCCCGGCACCUCGCCACCAACAGCAAGACCGAGGUCACCGUCUGACGGCCAGUGCCAUCGGGGACACGGGGGCUGCCCCCUCAACGGGAGUUGCUGCCAUCGAGGGCAGCCCACCGGAGGAGAGCAGCACAGGAGCUACACAAACUGCGAUGCUGGCCAGAGCGGGAGCCGCGCUGUCCUUCCUGGCCCUAGGGAUGGGCACUGCCAGCUGCACUUCACCAUCGAGGAGGCACUGGGGACUCAUACGGGCAACAAGGUUCAGGCGUUCUCAGCCCACCCCCGGAAGAGGCUGAGCUGGGGGCACACUGGCAGAGCAGUACCCUGCUCAAGGGAUGGGAGCCAAUGCUGGACAGACUGGGAACAGAUCCUGCUGGGGCCAGGCAGCCCCACCUGGCUCCUCUGACUAGGUGCGCGAAGAGCAAUUGACUCAAAGCACCACCCCUAUGCUGCCAGCAGAGCCCGAGCAGCCCCUUUCCUUCCCCAGCCUCCUCCCUUCGCCACUGCCCCAGCCUCCACCUUGUCAAUAAAUAACACAUUAUAAACUGUA